UGCGGCCCGACCUAGACCGGGUUCGUAACACAAGGUACUCAUUGAUAGAGUACAUCUCUAUGAAAAAGGACAUACAAAAGCAUUGAUGGCCAAUUAUUAGAAUGUGGAUUUGCAAAAUCAGAAUUGGAGAUUGACACUCAGGGGAAUAUACUACUUCCAUCCUGGUGCAAACCUUGUACACCCUACAGGCCCAACCAAAGUUUUAGAAAUGAAGAAAGAAAAGAAGAAAGGGCAGGAAGAAUAAAGAAUCAUUGGGAAGUGCUGAUCACUGACAACUACCACAUGAUCUCUGAGGGCCCAACAGAUUGCAUGAUGGCCGAUAGACUUUGUGAGUGCCAUAGAGAAACAGAUAAGAAAAGUCAUAAGAAUACAAAAAACUUUAAGAAUUCAAAUCUAUGUAGAAGAUAUCGCUGUUAAACCACUUCUUGAAAAACCACUUCCUGACCCACAUGAACAUGGCCUAAGCCAAGCUCUAGCAUACAUGUCAACUGAAUGAAUACAAAGUGUUAAAAUAACAAAGAUGCUGUAUUGCUUUGCUUACAUGUAGGAUAUGAACGGUGCAAAGUGCUGAAAAGCCUUGCUUUCUUAUAAGCUAUAGCUGACAUACGACUGAUUAAUGUUCACUUAGGCAUUAUGAAGCUACAGGCGGACUCAACAGGAUAUUGUGGGUUAGCCCAACAUCCUGUGUGAUUGAAAAACACACACACAUAUGCUCAAUAAAUGCUUUGCAGGUGCAUUCUUUUUUUGUACAGUUCAUAACCUGUCAAUGUUUAACUUGUUGCCAAGGAUACCAAUGAUUCUGACAUUAAGGAUCCGAUGUGUCUGGGCGAUACUAAAUAUACUGCAUGUGAAACUGUUUGUUCUUUGUCAGGACUUUCGUGAUGAAGACUUACACCAUAGUUAUUGUCAAUUACUCUAUUGACAAUUGUUAUUCUGCUUGAAACUAUUCUGAAAUAAACUAAAUCCACUUUGGAGAUUUGUAAACUUUAGAAGUGACUGGUGAGAGUAAGCCUGAGGUUUAAGGCCACUCCUGCCCCAGAGGCUCAGACCUCGACCUGACGUUAAAAGAAAGCAACAACAGCUGUGCAUAUGGAAUUUGUUUCCUGGAUAUUGGAGAGGGUACAAGGAAGCUAUGAAGACAAUGCUGAUGCUGGGGAAAAGAGUAAGCCAAUGGAAGGGGGUGUCCAUAGCCAUUUAGAGGAGAGGGUCCGUCCUUAUAUUGAUCUGAUUGACUCUUUGAGACUGAUUGGAAUUGAAGAUUUAGCUUUGCCAACUAUAGCUGUAAUUGGAGAUCAGAGUUCUGGAAAAAGCUCUGUGUUGGAAGCACUAUCUGGAGUGGCAUUGCCCAGAGGAAGUGGUAUUGUGACAAGAUGUCCACUGGAGUUAAAGCUGAGGAAGAUUAAAUGUGGUGUUCAAUGGCAAGCUGUAAUAUCUUACAACAAACAAAUCAUUGAGUUUGAUGACCCAUCACUGGUUGAGGGCUAUGUUAAAGCAGCUCAGAACGUGCUGGCUGGAGAAGGUGUUGGGAUUUGUGAUGAACUCAUCACUCUGGAGAUCAUGGCUCCUGAUGUGUGUGACCUCACACUGAUCGAUCUCCCUGGGAUUACACGAGUUCCUGUAAAAGGUCAACCGGAGGACAUCGGACAUCAGAUCAAAAAUCUCAUAUGGAAAUAUAUAGGGAAGGACCAAACUAUAAAUUUGGUCGUGGUCCCAUGUAAUGUUGACAUAGCAACAACAGAAGCUCUGAAAAUGGCACAGGAAGUGGAUCCUGAAGGAAAAAGGACAUUGGCUAUUCUCACAAAGCCAGACCUUGUAGACAGAGGAACAGAGAAAAACGUCUUGAAAAUAGUCCGAAAUCAGGUCAUUUCCUUAAGCAAAGGGUAUCUCAUCGUUAAGUGCCGUGGCCAACAGCAAAUUGAUGAUAAAAUCUCUCUGUCUGAGGCCACUCGAGUAGAGAAGGAAUUCUUCAGACGUCAUGAAUUCUUCAGUUGCCUGUUGAAUGAAGAGAAAGCAACUAUUCAGUGUCUUGCGAAAAAACUGACUCAAGACCUGGUUGAUCACAUCAAAAAAUCGUUACCUCUGAUCUCAGAGGAUAUCAAGAAGCAGCUGUGGAGCUUGAGAAAAGAGCUAGGUCAGUGUGAAGCUGGUCCACCACUGGACCCACAGAAGAGGAAGAUCUUUUUUAUUGAUACCUUGACAAAAUUUAAUGAUAAGAUCAACCGCUUGGCAUCUGGGGAAGUGGUCAACAAUGACAACUUGUUUGCAAUGCUUCGGUCUGAAUUCAAAAAGUGGAAAGAUCAUCUUGACAACACAAAGGCAUCAUUCCACAAAACGGUACAGGAAGUGGUGAGUGAAUAUGACCUGAAGCACAGAGGACGUGAGCUUCCUGGUUUCAGUGACUACAAGGUGUUUCAGAUGGUGGGGCAGAAGCUUGUGAUCCAUCUAAGAGGACCAGCUAUUCAGACACUCAGGGUCAUCAGAGAAACCAUUCAGAAAGAGUUUUCAGAUGUGUCCAAAACCUGCUUCCUCAACUACCCUUUCCUCCAGUGUGUUGCUACGAACAAGAUCGACAACAUUCAGUCAAAGCAGGAAGCCAAGGUGGAGCAGAGGAUCAUGGAGCAGUUUGAGAUGGAGCAACUGGUCUACACUCAAGAUGGCAUCUACUUCAAGACCUUGAAUGAGAUUAAGCCUGCUAAGGGAAAAAAUGCUUCAGAAGACAACUUUGCUGGGUUUGACAACAGAAACAAAUAUCCUGAAAUGCUGCAGGCUUAUUAUGAGAUUGUGGUGCAGCGCUUGGCUGACCAGGUGCCCAUGCUGAUCCGAUACUUCAUGCUGAAGGAAUCCGCUCAGCUGCUGUGCAGUGAGAUACUGGGUUUAGUGGAUGGUACCAACGUGGCCGAUGCCUUGCAUGAAGAGUCAGAUGUCAGCAGACGCCGCAUUGACAUGCAGAACCACAUGGACCGUCUUACCCUUGCUCAAGACAAACUCAGAAACUUUGUUUGAAGCCAGGGGGCCACUGUAUAGCAGGGUUUCACAUCCUUUCUAGUUUAGCACCUGAAUCAACCUAUCAGCUAAUUACAUUUGUCUGAAUGUGGUGUGUUAAAAGAGGGAAAAUGCUAAUCUCUGUAGGUUUGUGGCCCAUGUCACAUGUCCCACUGAUCGCAUGUUCUGUGUUACUCCUAAUAAGCAACCCUAUUUACAUUCUGGUUUCUGUGUGUUCCAUUGUCAAGCUUUUGUUGUUGUGUAUGCCACAGUUUUCCUUGUAGUGUGAUGUUUUUAGCUUGUUUCCACUGUUCAAGUUAAUACUUUUGUUUAGAUUUUUGUCAUAGUCUUGGCUGGUUAGGUUGUACUUUUCACAAUAAAUAAGCUACAUUUGCAUCCACCUUCCCCUCCCAAUCAUGACAAACACCCUCAUAUUAAAGUUGAAAGUCUGCACUUUAAA